UGUUCGUUAAAAUUAUUUUAUUAAUUCUUCCAUUGGCUUUCGAAACUACUCCUGUACCUCCAAGACCUUUGGGAUUUAUAUAUGGAGACCAACGAACUAAUGUUGUGCCAGUCGAGUUUGAUGUCUACAUGGGGCCUCUUUGUCCGGACAGUAAAGCUGCCUUACCAACUUUAGUAAAUCUUGCAGACCAUUACGGACCGGACAAGUUGAGAUUCCGCAUGCAUUUAUUUCCUUUACCGUAUCAUAGAAAUUCGUUCCUGGUUGCUAUGGGAACCCAUUCAGUGGACAAGAUGACCAACGGAAACAUGACAUUUAUCUGGGCACAAAAUGUAUACAGCCAUCUUGAUAUAUUUUAUGAUAAAACUCUCACCCAGGACCAAGUUAUAAUGAAAAUGAUAGAGCUAGCAAAAAGUAUGGGAUUGCCGGAAGUAGAAUUCAAACAGCUGGCAACAAAUAGUGGAAUCAAUCACGAAUGUCGAGUUGAAUGGAAACAUGGUUGUUCGAGGGGAGUAACUUCAACUCCGACCUUUAUGAUAAAUGACGUAGCAGUGGCUGAAGAUGACCAAGCCAGUAGGUCAGAAGCUGACUGGAUUAAAAUUAUCGACCCAAUACUUAACCAAGUAUAAUUAUAGGUGCAGUCGAAAAAUUGCGAUAUAGAAUAACAAAAC